AUGCCGAAGGCUUUCCUGGUGAAAAGACACCCAGCAGCCAGGCUGGGAUCCCAGGACUGGGGAGAGCUCUCGGACCGGCUCCGGGGCGACGCCUAUGUCCCAGGUAGGUGCCUAGUUCAUUACCCUGGGUGGGUGGUGGGGGAUUCUACUUACUUCAGGGCAUGGGCCAGAUUCACCGCUCUGACGUUCUCUGCUUACCCUCCGAGUGCCCAGCCCAGGGAGCUGCACCCGUCUCCAAGGCCUGAGGCCAGCAUGAGCAUUAGCCCCGCAGCCUCGGGGGCGUUCCCAGAGGACAGGAAGAGCGGCUGGGACGGACCAAGUCAGAGGAGCUCCCCCAGGCCCCGUCCAAACCUGCUGCCCCCUGAUGCCGCAACGAAAUACCCUAGAGCGAAGGGGAAAGGCCCCCAGGGGCCGGGCGACUUCCCCUGCCCGGUGUGCAGCAAGGCCUUCCCGCUGCAGCGCAUGCUGACCCGCCACCUGAAGUGCCACAGCCUGGUCAAGAAGCACGUCUGCCGGUACUGCGGGAAGGGCUUCAACGACACCUUCGACCUGAAGAGACACACGCGGACCCACACCGGCAUCCGCCCCUACCGCUGCCACGUCUGUGCCAAGGCCUUCACCCAGCGCUGCUCCCUGGAGUCCCACCUCCGCAAGAUCCACGGGGUGCAGCAGAACUACGCCUACCGCGAGCGGCGCGCCAAGCUCUUCGUCUGCGAGGAGUGCGGCUUCACCUGCGCCGCCGGCGACGAGUACUACACCCACGUGCAGCGGCUCCACCCCGGCAACGCCCUGCUGCGCAAGUACCUCCGCAAGCAGGGCACCGCCCCGCUUCGCUUCCUCCUCUACUCCGGCGGCUAUUACGCCUGA